CCUCAACGCGUCUUUCCUUUCUUCGCGCGUUCAGCGGCUGCGAAGCUUAUACAGCAGUACUGUUGUUUACGCUGUUUUACUCAACGAACGCGUCAUCACCACGAAGUGCACCCCACAAUCCACGAAUUUCACCUCUGCCCAAUGCGGUAUUACGGUUUAUGUUUUAAGCCACUCUAACACGGAUUGCCGCUUUCAGAAAGUCUCUAGGUCUUUAGGUCUUCGUAACGAUGUCGGACAACUACAACUCAUACAAUUAUUCUUACCACCAACAGAGCUCUGCGCAGCAGUACUCAUCACAUCAGACUGCGCCGGCCUCGAACACCAAUGCGCAAUUAUCGCGACAGUACCAGCAGCCACCCUCUGCAGCGACAAAUCAAUCUCCAUACUAUCUGCCAUGUUCUGGACCAUCGUAUAGCACGUCAAGCACUGGAUAUGGUACUACGCAAGACUGUAUAUGGAGUGGCAGUGGCGACAGCUACCGCACAACAAGGGAUAACGACAGUCGUACUGCUGAGGUUUUGCGCCAUAUGAACUUCACGAGUAGCCACAUCAAUGCGGUAGCUGCGAGCAGGAAUGCCGCUAUGGCCCCAGCAAGGACAUCGCAGCAAUAUGCUGGCUAUAGCCGUCGACAAGUUCCUUAUGUAGACAGCUCGCAAUCGUCUCAUACCGUGCCACCGUCGACCUCGUAUGCGCCGCGACCACCUGCGCCGAUUGUCCAGCCGCCUGCUUCAAGCACACCUGAGCCCCACACUGGGUCAAGCACCACGGUCGAUCCCACAGCUGUGUACGACCCUUGGCCCGAAUACCAACGACAGCAAGCGAUAAAAGAUGCAAAGCGUGCUGAGAAGGAAAGGAAGGAGGAGGCUCCUCGCAAGGAGAAAGAACGCAUAGAAGAUGAGGAGCGCAAGCAGAAAGAAGCGGAGGAAGAGGCUCGACAGGCGCAGAUUGCAGGCAGUCAACCGAAAACGAGCGCCGAGAAGGCUCAGAAGCAGGCGGCGAUCCCUGCAGCUGCUCCCGCUGAAGCGUCAGCUGGCGGCUCAGAGCUAGAAGCAGAGAUUCGCGCCAAGGUGCGCGAGUUCAUCGGUAAAGACCCUGAGCUGCUUGCGCGAAUUUGGGUAGAGGAAAGGGGGAGCAAAGCUCCCAACAAGUUACCGACUGUCACGAUAAAACCGGCACCUCAUUCAGCUGUCGUCCCGCCCGCACAAGUACCUACACCUCCUGUUGCGAACCAGAGAAAGAAGGCGACCCCACGAGAGUCGCUGAGUUCGCCGAGCGCGAAGGCGGCCACGUCUGUUCAGGCUCAAGCUGUACCUGCGAGAGCCCCGGCAGCUACACCCCUGCGAAUAGGAGGAAACACCAUCUGGCCGCCUGACAUGAAGCUGGAGCUCGCAAAAGCUGCGGCACAUUACCUCGCAACAAAGAACCUAGAUCGUCCUUUGGAGGCUGGGCAGAUCCUCCAGAUGCUCAACAGCAAUCCCUCAUACAUUGAGUUGUGCGAGCAACUGGAGGAAAUGGGUUUCAAGCUGGACCGUUCGAUCUUUGCGAAGAGCCUGCUUUCGGCUGUGCCAGAUGUAAACUCUGCAUCUCGCAAAACGGCUCUGCAACCUGUCCCUCCAGCUGCCACACUAAAGGCUCCCGCACCACCCGCAGUCAUGAAGCAUCCCGCCCCACCAGCGGUCAUGAAGAACCCCGUUGUAACACCCGUUGCUCCCAGCCCACGUUACGCUCCUGCAGCGGCUUCACCGAUGAAUAGAUCACCGUAUCCUCCAUUUCCAGAUAACGAUGCCAUGGCGGCACCAUCACCCAUACCUGUUGCCGAGAUGAUUCCCAUCAAGCCAGGAUUGAAGCCGCCUGCCAACAAAGAGGAAGCAGCGAGAAAACGUAACUUGAGUGACUUAAUUGAUUUGACACAACUGGAUGAUGAAGACGACAUGGGGCUACCCAUGAAAAGGCUCAACGCAGACUCGAUGUACACAUAUGGCUCACCGCAUCCACACAUCGACGGCGCUAUGGAGGUCGAUGCUGUGCCUGUUCACAAUUUCCCAACAGCAAGCAUCCCUGCACCUGUGAUGGACGAGCCAACCCCUCGGACGGUGCCCAUGCCCGCGAGCGAGCUACGAUACAGGGCAAUUGUCGAGCCCUUGGACAAGAAGAAGGCACUUCGACGCAACACUUACAACCCAGCCACCAUUGCUCGAAACGUGUUACUUGCAUGUGGACGACAUCCUUCAGAACGCCCACUCAACCAGCAUCUUGACGUACUGAAGCUCCACUUCCCGCAGAUAUCGAACGAGUCAGAUCUCAGUACCAUCAAGUGGAGUUUGAUCGACCCUGGAAACCCACCGCCUGGCUAUUUCAAGGACGGAGUUCAAGCUCUGAUAGAGGAUGCGGAUGACGAGGAUGAUUCUGAAAACGAAGAUAGGGAAAGAGAGGCGCGUCGGGGAUCUUCGUCACACGCGACUGGCGGGGAAAGCGUGAGGGUCCAAGCGCUUUCCGAGGCGACCAAUCCGUUCAUGAAACAGAAGCAACGCGGUCGACCACCGCGUCACUCACUCCCCAACACAACAACGCCGUCAACCCCGAAUAUACAAACAAGCUCCGCGAACAUGAGCGCGAGUGCUCCGCGACCUUCUGCUGCUGCUGGCGCUGGGCACUCUGCUUUCCGUUCUGCGACCGAGUUUGGGCCUGAUGGUAAACCACUGUCUAAGAAGAAGGAUCGCCCGGUCGGCUGGCGUAAAGCGACCCAUGGAUCUGCUGCUACACAGCAACGUCCUGGACUGAACGGCCAUACAGGAAAGUAUGAGCCUCAACAGCCAAGUACGCUGCGCAACGUAAGAACUGGCGAAGAGCCCAUUCGCAUCGACUCUCGGUCACCAAGCGUUGCAAACCGUGUCCCUCAAUACCAGUCGUUUAAGUGCAAGUGGCGAAACUGUAAGGCAGAACUGCACAACCUCGAGACGCUCAAGAAGCACGUCUUCAAGGUCCACAAGAAGGAGACUUUGCGCCACACUCUGGAGUGUUUGUGGGACGAUUGCGGCAAAGAGGUCACCAGCUUCGAACCUAUGACCAAUAUGAGCAUUGAGCGACACACUUCUCACGCUUUUAGGACCGAGAAUGCGUGGCAUGAGCACAUCCAGCAGAACCACUUUGACCCUCUGGCAUGGGAGCAGGGCGAUGGACCAGCUGAUGGACUAUCUGGUACGGAAGAUUGAGUGGCUGCCUGGACGAAUUCUGAAAUUCUUGCUGACUGACCAGAUGCACACGACUUUCAAACAUACCUCAGCGAUGCCCAAGGUCGUCGUGUAACACCACGCAUUACAGCAAGCCCUGCUGCUCAUGAUGGUAGUCCUUUACCACCACCACUUUCUGCACAUACACCACGCGGCCGCAGUCGCCCGCCAAAGAAUGCGCAAGAGCAAGAGGCUCGCGAUACACAAGACCGAUUGGUGUCACAGAAGAGGCGCAUGGGUGGACCAGGUAUGGACCGCGGAGGUGCCACGCUUGCCAAUGACAAGCGCAGGAGAGGGCUCAUCGACACUGACGAGACAAAAGAGGAACUCGUUGAUGCAGAGAAUUGAAGACUGAGAUUGCGCCUCUCGAAACAGACAAUGAAGCUUGAAU